GGAUGAGAUUUCCUUUUAGGUACUAUUAUAAAUAUGUGUGUGUAUUCAUACUUAAAAAUGAUUAAAUGUGUUCUUUUUCAAAAAUAGGCGAAGGGUGUCAGCUUUUCCUCUUAAAGGGACAGCUUGCUCAAAUUUCCUGCACUCCUACCCACAAACUAACUGCAUUCUUUCCCUUUAGUGUAAUUUAACCUUAAAAUUUAGCUUUGAAGCCUACCUCAGUUUGAGUUGUGUUUGAAAAUGUUCCAGACUGGAUCCUAAAUCCAACAUUUUUGUGUGUUCAAGUCAUUCACACACUCUUUCCCUGUGAUCUGCUCUCUCCUGACACCCACUGCAGCCGACCUGGUUGUGAUUAUCAGCAAUCACAGACGUGGCUGAACCAUAUCCCCACAUCUUUUACUGCAUAUACGAUGUCUAUAAAAAUACACAGACAUAAUAUCUAGUUGAUACUCGAAGGCAACACGGCUGGACUUAACACCUACUGUGCAUUUUGUCUUUGAUCACUAACAGAUACCACUUCUGGCUCAGCGUUUAACCCUAAUUUGUCACAUCCACUCGUGAUUAGACGGUUAUUUUUACUGAAACACCGAUAAGAUAUUCCUCAUGUUGUAGAAUAGCUUCUCAUCACAUGCUAGUAAAGAGAUGAACUAAACAUCUGAGUCCUUAUCUCUUUUGUUUUGCUUAUGUAGUUCUAACUCUGUACAUUACGUCUUGAGACACGAGGGAGAGUAGUUUGUCCCGAUGAUUAAUCUGUGAUUUUCCAGCAUUACAAACAAGUGAUGUCUUGCUGAGGAUUCAAAAAUAACUGUAUGAACAGAAAACACUUUCAUUUCAACUAAUAUACUAUUUAAUCUGAAACACACAUGGUCAAAGACUUUGCUUGUUUCUCAGUUGUGUAAAAGAUUCGACAUUUAAACUGGUUUUAUGCUUCCUGAAGGCAUUUUCUCAAUGACAAACUCAGGAUUUCUACAGCAUUUAAACAAACACUAUUCACUGAAUGAGCCAAACAUCACAAACUGAUGGUGAAAAAGGGUGGUUACCUUUUAAAAAUGCAUACAGACUCAGUGUAUUUGCAGCACAGCAGGAGUUGACCUUUUGCCAGUAAAAGUUUAUACGGAAACCAGUUUGCAUGCACACAGUGGGUGGAGCCACCCCCAUUCACUCUGAUCACAGCAUCUCCAGGAUGCACAUUCAUAACAUCACAGAUAAGAAUCUAGAAAUCUGCCAGUGCCGGUGUUUACCGAAAAACCUGCUCAGGCUAGUUCAGCAUUAAACUGAACAUUUUAAGUGUAAUCUCUCUCCUUCUCACACUCACAAGCACACGGUCAGUGGAGGAAGUACUUCAGAUUGAGUACCCACCCAGAAAAUGAAACACAUGCAAUAGAGGAAGCAGAAGCAGCCAGACUCAGCAGCUUCACAUCAGCUGCAGCUCCGAGUGAACAGACUGACGACAGGACAGCAGAGGAGUGUGGAGGGUCAACUGGAGGCAGCUUCACUGUGACAGGAACAGGAAGCGGUGAGCAGCUACCUGGUAAAACAUGAAGCUCGCCUGUUCCUCUCUCUUCUCACCGCCUGUGAAUCAUCUCAGCCCUUCCAAAUGUACAUUCAUCAGGGUUUGCCAUGUAUUUAGUUUAAAACCGGAGGUAACAUCUUCAGCCCUGCCCUGCCUGGCACCUGUGUGACUGUUUGGAGGAGAAAUGACACAAAACGGUGCCACCACCACCGGUAAUGGUACCACGAAAAGGGAACAAGAACUUAAAAUUGUGAUUGUGGGAGAUGGAGGCUGCGGGAAAACAUCUCUGGUGAUGGUAUAUGCCAAAGGUGAUUUUCCAGAGAAAUAUGCACCAUCAGUGUUCGAAAAAUACGUCGCCACUGUCUCUAUUGGAGGAAAAGAAAUCAAGCUCAACCUGUAUGACACAGCUGGACAGGAGGACUAUGACAGACUGAGGCCGCUCUCAUACCAAGAGGCCAAUCUGAUUUUAGUCUGCUUUGAUGUUACAAACCCCACCAGCUUCGAGAAUGUCAUGAUAAAGUGGUACCCAGAGGUGAAGCACUUCUGUCAGGACGUACCGGUCAUCCUGAUAGGCUGCAAGACCGACCUCAGGAAGGACAAAGAGUGUGCAAGGAAGCUGAAGGCCAUGGAUCUGGCUCCCAUCACCUACACACAGGGUGAGGAGACACGGCAGCAGAUGAAUGCAGAGCUGUACCUCGAGUGUUCGGCGAAAUAUCAGGAGAACGUGGAAGACAUAUUCAGAGAGGCGACCAAAAAGGCUCUGGCCUUCAGACGUAAACAAAGGAACUACAAGAGGAAGAAGAAAUGCGUUGUUUUGUGAAGAUAAAGGAAGAGACCCUGCUCUUCUGUAAACAGUGCCAGUUAGUCUUCAUUUUUCAUAUUCACAGUGGCUGGACGUUCAGAUACCAGACACAGAUGUGGAGGCAGCUGUGUGACAAGUUGCUCAGAGAAUCUUUAUCAUUCCCUGGAAGUCUGAACCUCGCUGAGCUCAUCAGCUUCUUUUACUGUUACAAGAAGAGUGACGCAACAGGAAAGACAAUUUUGCAAGUUGCAACUUGGAGAUUUUCUAAAGUGGCGCACAAUUUGUAACAUCCUCUGGCAAUGUGUUUCACUCUUGAAUGCAAUUUUUUUGUGUGUUUUUUAUAGCUUCUGAGAAAACUUUGUACUGUUUGUAAUGACACCAAAUUGCCUUACUAGAACCUAUAUUUAUUGCAGGAAUUUGAACAGUGAGUUGUUGUAUUGUAAUGGAUUACCAUGGAUUUUUGCAAUAUUAUUUAAAUUGUCAGAUCUGGUUUCAAUCUGCUGGCAGAAACCAAAUUUCAAGUCAAAAUUAGGUGUUGGAAUUCACAAUGUAGCGGCACUGUAGCUGCAGGUGAGACACUGCAGGCGAAUACUGUUAAAUUUUAACCAAUACUUUAUUCAAUAUGAAACUUUCCCAGUUAAUAACUUACAUUAAGACAGUGGGUUUUUUUGUGAUACAAAUUUUCUAAAAUUCUAUGUUUGAUUAUGGAAAUGAAGUUAAAUAUAUUUCUGUAAAAAUGCGGUAAUGUGAAUUAAAUUUAAUUAUUUUAUACAUUGUAGAUUACUACUGAAGACGGGAUGAGGCUGGAGACGAGAGAAGCAAAGGGUAAAGAGAUAGUCAAAGAAGCAAGGGAGACUGCUUUCAGCGUUGCUUAUACAGGACAAAAAUCCAGAAUUUUGUAUAGAAAUAUCAUAUGAUAUUGUUAGUAAAAAAAAAAAAAAAACAAAAAAAACAGUGAUCCAAAAAAAAUAACAAA